CCUCCCCCGGCAAGGCCUCCACUUCCGGGAAGGGCUCUGCGCAGUCGGGAGAAGGGCGAGCGGCAGGAGGCAGCUGUUGUUAUUGACUUGGUUCCCGCAGCCAUGCUGGCAGCACGGUUGGUGUGCCUUCGGGCUCUCCCCGGCAGCAGUCUGCGCUCCGCCGUCGCUCAGGUUUCACCCACUGUGAGAAAUUCCUCCCUAAAGACCAAGCAAUGGCUCACGCAGCCGUACCAGGGAUAUUCCUCCAGGGUUCGGACAGGCAUACGCCAAAGGAAACCCGGUCAAGAAGUGAAAGAAGCGGCUUUUGAACCAUCAAUGGAAACGGCCUUUAAAAUUCACCAGGCAGGACGAUGGAUUGUGGCCGGAGGUGCUGCUGUCGGUCUCGGCGCGCUCUGUUAUUAUGGGCUGGGCAUGUCCAAUGAAAUCGGCGCCCUGGAAAAAGCUGUGAUUUGGCCUCAGUAUGUGAAGGACCGGAUUCGUUCCACUUACAUGUACUUUGCGGGAAGUGUGGGCUUGACCGCCUUGUCUGCAGUUGCCGUCAGCAGAACUCCUGCCAUGAUGGGGCUGAUGAUGAGGGGCUCCUGGCUGGCCAUCGGUGCCACCUUUGCGGUGAUGAUUGGAGCUGGCAUGUUGGUUCGAUCCAUAGAUUACGAAGAGAGUCCGAUUCCCAAACACCUGGCAUGGAUGCUGCAUGCAGGUGUUAUGGGUGCUGUGGUGGCUCCUCUGACCCUUCUUGGCGGCCCCCUCCUCAUCCGAGCGGCUUGGUACACGGCUGGCAUCGUGGGGGGCCUCUCCGCCGUGGCCAUGUGCGCCCCCAGUGAGAAGUUUCUGAACAUGGGAGCCCCCCUGGGCGUGGGGCUGGGGCUGGUGCUCGUUUCCUCCGUAGGGUCCAUGUUCCUGCCUCCGACGUCCAUCUUGGGUGCCGGCAUGUAUUCUGUGGCCAUUUAUGGAGGAUUAGUACUUUUUAGCCUGUUCCUGCUUCACGACACCCAGCAAGUUAUCAAACGUGCGGAGAGCCAACCAUACCUGGUGGUCGGAGUGCGGAAAUACGAUCCUAUCAAUGCGUGUAUGGGCAUUUAUAUGGACACCCUCAACAUCUUCAUCAGAGUGGCUACCAUGCUUGCUGGCGGUGGCGGGAGGAAGAAGUAGAUGCAGCUGCACCGACGGGUCAUCACUCAGUUUCUCUGCUUAGUGGAAACUCGAAUAAAAUGUUUGUUGCGUCCAAGCAGCUUUCAUGUAGAAGUUUGAUAUUCUAAGCACUCAAUCUCAAAAUUCUUCUUGGUCAACAUGACUUAUGUCUUGGUUUCCAGUUGUAAUUUGUAAAGCAUCCAGUGGUUACUAGUUUGCACGUACCACUUAAAUCACUUUACUCGGGUUGGAGAGGUUUUUGAAAUGGAAAAGAAGUUCAUAUCAGUCGAUCUAUAUUUAUAGCAGUUGCUAAGUUCGCUUCUCCUUUCCAAAGAUGAUUCCCUGCCACUCUGGUCAGGCCUGGAAGAUUGUUUAUACUCUUUAGCAAGAGUUGAAUUCAGCUGUGGAUUCAGAAACUAUAAAAUUAUUAUUUCAGCGGAAAAUCAGGGAGCUACCCAAGCGUAGUUGCUACCUGAAUUGGCUUAUUUUGGAAGAGACCUCAUGGUGGAAAUUUGAUGUAGCGAAGGAUGGUGGGAGAAUAGCAAAGCAUUCUGUCUGGAUGGACCCUCGUCUUCAGCCACAUUUUUUCUCAAAAUCCUCUGCCAAAUACUAGCCUCUGGCUGGCCCUUCCUUUUGGUAACUGGAUAGGGAUUUCUAAAAGAAUAUUAAGCAGGACUCUUUAUUUAAUUCCAGAAUUAUAGGCUGGGGAAAAACAGUUGUACAUAAAUACCAAAUGGUGUGUAUUUAUUCUAUAAUACUCAGCUUCUAUAAUACUCUCAUUUCUUCCACAGAUAACAGCAAUUCUGUAAUGUAGUGUCGAUCUAUGCUAUCAGGUCUUACUAAAUAAAGUCCUUGCACAACA